AUUGCAGUACAUCCAGUUUUCAGCAGGGUCUAAGGUGGGCUCGGCGGGAGAGAGUGGGGAAUCUUUGCUCCCCCGAUCAUUUUCACCACCAAACCCACCCCAUUAUACGCCUUCCUUCUCCAAUAACAACCACUCGAAACCCCAUUAAAGCCACACCCAAAAGCCUCUACUUCACGCCCACACAACGUCCUAGAAAAUCGAAAUUUUCAUUUCCUCCGCCUCCUCUCCCUCCUCCCAAUCGUAAGAAUGCACACUAGAGCUGUAAAGCUUGUCUUCCUCUACCUACUCGUUGCAUCCACUGCUGCCAAAAAAACCCUAGAUUCCGACAUUCGAGCUCUGGUUGCAUUUAAAGCGGCCAUUGAUUCAGCGUCUAUCCCCUCCUGGUCCUGCCUAGCAUCCUGGGACUUCUCCUCUGUCGACCCCUGCGACACGCCUCGUCGGACCCACUUCAUCUGCGGCAUCACCUGCGACAAUUCCACCACAAGCUCUGCAGCCCGAGUCACCGCUCUUGCCCUUGACUCUGCCGGCUACGCUGGCCCCAUCACCCCUCGCCUUGCUGACCUCACGGCCCUUACCCUCCUCGACCUCUCUUCCAACUCAUUUCGAGGCCCAAUUCCCCCCUCCCUCGCCUCAUUGCCCAGCCUCACUACCCUCGCCCUCUCCACCAAUUCCCUCUCAGGCCCACUCCCUCCCUCCCUUCCUAACCUCACUUCCCUCCAAUCCCUUGACCUCUCCCAAAACCAAUUCCGUGGACGAAUCCCCAUCGCGCUGCACCUCAUGUCCAGCCUCAACCAUCUUGAUCUCAGCUUCAAUGCUCUCUCCGGCGCCCUCCCCGACCUCCCCUCGAACCUCGUGGUGCUCGCUGUCAAGGGCAAUCUUCUGACGGGUGCUCUAUUUCGCAGGGUCUUCAGCUCCUUGGAGCACCUAGCAGUCCUUGAGCUCAGUGACAACCAACUCAAUGGCAAAUUGGGAGGGUGGCUCUUCGCCCUUCCAGCUCUACAGCAAAUUAACCUCUCAAACAACAAGUUGUCUGCAUUAGAGGUGUGGAAGUCGUCGACAUUGGUGGCAGUGGAUCUCAGCUACAACAGGCUGCAGGGGCUCCUGCCGACCAAUUUCUCGCUGCUGCCACUGCUGGCGGCUCUGUCACUCAGGCACAAUCAGUUCUGGGGGCCGCUGCCCCGGGAAUAUGGGCAGAUGGUGGCCGAAGGGCGGGUGAGGAGGAUGUACCUUGAUUCCAAUUUUUUGCAAGGCAAUGUGCCCCCUGCUUUCUUUAAGUUUUCUGGGACGCUCACGGGGAGCGUCGGCGAUAACUGUCUGCGGAAUUGCCCGCCCACACUCUCAUUUUGCAUGCCUCCACAAAAGUCCGCUGCUUCCUACAGGCAGCGCCUGCUCGCUCUUUAAACCCACCUGAGAAUUGCAUAACAAACUCAAUCAUGGUCUUUUCUUUUCCAUUCUUCAAAUUGCAUAUGGAGGAAGCUGUAAGUAUAAACACAUCAUGCUAUUUUUUUUUUGGGUAAUUUAAAAUUGGUAAGUUAGUAGGGAUUUGGGACCUAUUUUUUUUUUUUUGGUGGUGAUAAUGGAGUGAGAGACCUCACUAAGCCCGCAGGCCAUUCUCAGCUCAUCGUGCUAUACUAUUUACUUUUUGCUGUGUAUUUUAGGCACCCUUCUAAUGGUUGAUAUCUCAUAUGGCCGUAUCCAACGGCUGAAAAUUA